AUGUCCACACCCAAGGGCAUUUUGAGCAGCACCUUGUUUUUGCUGGACACCAGGUGGUCUACACAAGCCUGUGUAGAUGCCAUUGUAGAAACCACUGCAGAGAGCACUGCUGAUGCAAAGUCAGGUGCAGGUACAAUAAGGGAUGUAGGAGCCGCUGCAGACACUGACUGCAUUACAAAUGCCUUUGCCGAUGCGGAGGCCAUUGCAGAUACUGAUCCCACGGCAGAUAUCUUGAGGGUGCUCACAGGUAAUCUCCUGGAGAAGCUGGUGGCUCCUGGCUCAGACCAGUGCACUCUUCGCUGGGUUUCCUUCCUGACAGGUGGGGAAAAGAAAGUCCUGCAGCACUUCAUAGAGAAAGAAGAAUGGGACACGUGGACAUCACCAGUGGAGUUCCUCCUCCUGCUGGGACUGAGUAAUGUCCCCAAGCUUCAGGCACCUCUCUUUCUCCUCUCCCUCGGGAUCUACAUCGUGACGGUGUUUGUUAACAUCCUCAUUGUUGUGCUGGUGCUGGCAGAUGGGCAUCUUCACACUCCCAUGUCCGUCUUCCUGGGGAAUUUCUCCAGUGUGGAAAUCUGCUACACCUCCACUAUCCUGCCCAGGCUGCUGGCCAGCUUCCUAGCCAGGGACAGAACCAUUUCUGCUCAAGGCUGCAUGGAACAGCUCUUUUUCUUUGGCUGUUUUGCAGGUACCGAGUGCUAUCUGCUGGCCACCAUGUCCUAGGAUCGCUACUUGGCCAUCUGUCAAGCCCUGCUCUAGGCAAGCCUCAUGAACUGGAAGCUCUGUCUCCAGCUGGCGGCUGGGUCUUGGCUAGCAGCAUUGCUCAUGUCUACCAUAGUCACCGGCCUCUUUUCCAGGUUACAGUUCUGUGCUCCCAAUGCCACUGAUCACUUCUUCUGUGGUUUUGCCCCAUUGCUAGAGCUUGCCUGCAGUGACACCACGGUGCUUAGGCUGGUUACUUUCAGAGUCUGCUUUCUGGAUGUAGUCUUCCCAUUUGGACUCACACUGGUAUCCUACAUCUGCACCAGAGUUGCAGUCCUGAGGAUCCCAACCACCAUGGGGAGGCAGAAGGCCUUCUCCACCUGCUCCUCUCACCUCAUCGUGGUGACUGUUUUCUAUGGCACCCUCGUCGUUGUCUAUAUGACACCCAGGACAGCCUCCCUGAGGCAGCUCCAUAAAGUCCUCUCCUUUUUCUACACCAUCCUCACGCCCCUGGUCAAUCCACUCCUGUACAGCCUGCGGAACAGGGAGGUCGAGGGGGCUCUUGGAAAUGCACUCAGAAAAACUGUGGCCUACCUCGACAGCUCACACUAG